AAAAAAAGAACAUUUGCUCAUUGUGAUUAUGGGAUAUGGAUGAGGAUGAUGUUUGGAUUUUCUUUUCCUCUUUAGGCUAUCGCAGACGCUGGACAGUGACUACACUGCCGUGGUUGGUCCAUUUGUUCCUUAGACGAGGCAUCUCUCCCUCUCCAAACAAAAUGGAUCGCAGGAGGCCAGGAGCUGAGACCAAUACGCUGUAUACACCUUUCGUCAGAGAUGAACAAGAGAAUCAAUGCCUGCUUACCAAAUGUUUGUUCAAUUGCCAAAGAGACGGAUUAGGUCCCACGCACGCAUGACAGACAAAGCAAACACGUAGAAUCCCUUUCUUUUCCUUAACUUUCCCUUCCCUUCCCUUCCUCAGACUUCCCCUUCUCAAUAAAUAAUUCUAAAAGUUGUUCAAGUAAACCCUCCUUGCAAUUUUUUUUAUCACCUUUUUACGUCCACCCCUAACAGAGACACAAACUAACUCUUACAUAUAUAUUAUCAUAUAUGCUUGCCGGCGAUGCCCACGCUGGUCAGCUUAGCUAGGCAAUUUUUAACGGACGAGGCUGCGCGUGUUCUCGACGAUGCUGUUGCCGUAGCGCGUCGCCGGAGCCACGCCCAGACUACUUCUCUCCAUGCGGUUUCUGCUUUGCUAGCUUUGCCGUCUUCUAUACUCCGUGACGCUUGUGCACGCUCCAGAAACAGUGCUUGUUCGUCGCGCCUUCAGUUUGGCGCGCUCGAGCUUUGCGUUGGUGUCUCUCUUGAUCGCUUGCCUUCUUCGAAAACCGCAGAUGAACCUCCAAUCUCGAAUUCACUUAUGGCGGCAAUCAAACGGUCGCAGGCCAAUCAGCGGAGGCACUCUGAUAAUUUUCAGUUGCAGCAAAUACACUGUAACCAGCAAGCAGCGUCGGUUUUGAAGGUCGAGCUUAAGCACUUCAUUUUAUCAAUUAUGGAUGAUCCGAUUGUGAGUCGGGUAUUUGGGGAGGCCGGGUUUCGGAGUUGUGAUAUUAAGUUAGCCGUUAUUCACCCGCCGGUGACACAUGCUUCGAAUUUCUCGCGGACGAGGUGCCCGCCGGUUUUCCUUUGUAAUUUGACUGGUUCGGAACUUGGUCGACCCGAUUCGAGCUUCCCGUCUAGUGGGCGCGAGGAUGGGGAAGAGAAUUGUAGGAGAAUUGCUGAGGCUUUAGUGAAGGGGAAGAAUCUGUUGCUUCUUGGUGCUUGUGCUAGUGAUGCGUUAAAUAGAUUUAUCGAAUGUGUAAAUACAGAUGGAGGAGGAAUUUUGCCCACCGAGAUUGCUGGGUUAAGCCUAAUAUCUGUUGAAAAGGAGAUAAUUGAGUUCCUUAGUGAAGGAGGGAACAAUAGAGAGAAGAUGGAUUUCAAGGUUGAGGAGUUGCGGCAUAAACUGGAGCAGUGUUCGGGCCCAGGUAUUGUGUUGAGUUUUGGAGAGCUGAAGGCUUUGGUCGACGAGAAGCUGUCCAGUGGUGCUUUGAGUUACUUGGUUUCGAAAUUAACGGGUUUAUUGGAGGGUUUUAAAGACAAGUUGCGGUUGAUGGGAGCUACGGCAGUAUAUGAAACGUAUUCCAAAUUUUUAGGGGAAUUUCCAGCUAUAGAAAAGGAUUGGGAUCUUCAUAUUCUGCCCAUCACUUCUUCUAAAAGCCCUAUUGAUUGUUUUGGCUCCAAAUCUAGCUUGAUGGGGUCUUUUGUUCCUUUUGGUGGUUUCUUCUCUACACCAUCUGAUCUCAAAUAUCCGUUAUGCAACGUAGCUCAAUCCAUCACUCAAUGUCAUCUUUGCACUGCAAAGUAUGAGCAAGAAGUUACUGCAAUGCUGAAGGGUUCUACGGUUUCAAUUGCAGAUCAGUACUCAGAGAACUUACCUUCUUGGUUACAGAUGGCUCAGCUUGACACAGGCAAGGGAUUGGAUGUAGCUAAGACCAAAAAUGAUGGAACAACACUGAAUGCUAGAAUUUUGGGGCUGCAAAGGAAAUGGAGUGAUUUCUGCCAACGAAUUCAUCGUGCUCAGCCUUUCUCCAAAUUUGAUGUUUCCCAGGGCAGGGCCCAGGCAUUAGUUUUGGAGGGCUUUCAAUAUGUUGCAGAUAGGAAGGAAAGCAGCAGUGGUAGCUGCAGCAGAGAUUCACUACUUAAUGAGAGUCAAUGUGCAAAUCUUAGUCUUGGUGUUCAUAUGGAUUUGCAAAAUGAUUUUCCAAAGAGAAAUAGCAUCCCAAUAACAGUAGAUUCUGAAACUGAGAAUGUCAAUUGCCAAUCUAAGCUAAUCAAAGAAGCAUCAAAAAGUCAGCAAAAAGAGAAAGAUAGUCCUUGGUUUACCCCUUUGACUCUGCCCAAUAUGAGUCUGCCUGCUGAUCACACAUCAUCUUCAUCUGUCACUUCUGUGACCACAGAUUUGGGGUUAGGAACAAUCUUCGCAUCAUGCUCUCGGAGGCCAAAUACUCCAAAGUUAGGUGAUCACAGAGAGCAUUAUCAGCACUUUUUAGGUUUUAAUUCUUCCAAGUUUGGAAUUAGUGAAAGUAAUUCACAUCAGGUCAUACAACCUUCUUCAUGUUCUAAUCCUUCUUCAGGAGAGCAUUUUGAUUCAAGAGAUUACAAAUCAAUCAAGAAAGCUCUUAAUGAAAAAGUUGGGUGGCAAGAGGAUGCCAUAUGUGCUAUUAGUCAAGCUAUAUCUCGUUGUAAAGCAGGAUAUGGAAGACAUCGUGGCUCAACUGUGAGAGGAGAUAUUUGGCUUACUUUCGUUGGACAUGACAAAGUUGGGAAGAAAAAAAUUGCUUCCAUGCUUGCUGAGAUAAUUUUUGGUAGCCAUGAGAACUUAAUCUCUGUGGAUUUGAGCUUCCAAGGUGGGGUUAACCCAUCAGAUUCUGUCUUUGAAUGCCAAGAAUUAAAUGAUUAUGAUGUGAAAUUUAGGGGGAAGACUGUUGUUGAUUAUAUUGCAAUGGAGUUGAGCAAGAAGCCCCAAUCUGUCUUGCUUCUUGAAAAUGUAGACAAGGCUGAUUUUCUGGCCCAGAAUAGCUUGUUCCAGGCUGUGACAACAGGCAAAUUUCCAGAUUCACAUGGGAGAGAAAUCAGCACCAAUAACAUGAUUUUUGUGACGACAUCAACAAUUGGAAUGGGUAAUACAAAUUUUCAGCCACUGAAGGAACCUGUAAAGUUAUCCGAAGAAGACAUUCUUGGAGCCAAAAACUGGCAAAUGCAAAUAUUAAUUGAACAUGCUGCUGAGGGUGCCAGCGGAAGCAAUGGAAGGAAUGUGAAGAUUUCAAGAAAAGUGACUUCCACUACAUCUGUGAAUAAAAGAAAGCUGGAGGGAACCACCAACUUUACAGAGCAGGAAUUAAAUUACAAGGCUAAGAAACUACCACAUAAAGUAUUGGGAUCUUCUCUGGAUUUGAAUCUCCCUGUAGAGGAGACAGAAGACAACACCAAUUCUGGUUGUUGUGACAGUGACUCCAUCUCUGAAAACUCAGAAACUUGGUUGGAAGAUUUCUUUGAUCAAGUAGAUGAAAAGGUAUUAUUCAAGCCAUUUGAUUUUGAUGCGCUUGGUGAGAAAAUAGUGAUGGAAAUCAGCAUACAAUUUCAGAAGGCAUUUGGAUCUGAGUUUUUACUGGAGAUUGAUGAUGAAGUCAUGGUGCAAAUGAUUGCAGCUUCUUGGUUAUCUGCCAGAAGCAGAGCAGUGGAGGACUGGAUUGAAAGAGUCCUCGGCAGAGGCUUCACUGAAGCUCGGCAGAAGUACCACAGUAAUGUUAAAUAUGUUGUAAAACUAGUUACUUGUAGAGGCCUUUUUGUGGAGGAUCAAGCUGCUGGAAUAUGCCUUCCUUCAAGAAUUAAUCUGUGAACUGAUUUUCUAGCUCACCAAUGUUUUUUGUAAUUAUAUGUAUAAUGUAGCUUUUAGCAUCUGAAAUGCCUUUUAUGGUUAAUCAAAUGCCAUAAAGUUUUGGGGCUAUUUGUUUU